AAGGUGCUUUGAAGAUUAAAGAAGUUUCAUACAUGCAUUCGGAGGGUAUUUUGGCCGGUGAAUUAAAACACGGUCCUUUAGCUCUUAUUGAUGAGAAUAUGCCUGUUAUUCUUAUUAUGACUAAAGAUUCUUUAUAUCCGGUACAAAGUGCUCUCCAACAGGUCACAGCACGUAAGGGUAAACCAAUCAUUAUCUGUAAUGAUGGUGAUGAAGGUAUAGAAGUUCAAUAUGAAGCAAUUCGUGUGCCUCAGACCGUUGACUGUUUACAAGGUCUUCUUACAAUUAUUCCUUUACAAUUGUUAUCUUAUCAUCUUGCUGUAUUAAAUGGAGUUGAUGUCGAUUUCCCACGAAAUUUGGCUAAAUCUGUAAGUUUGACAAACAUUUGUUCAAAUAUUUUUCAUAUCGACAACUUUAUGGCUAACAAAUAUUAA